UCUGCAACGGUUGCAAGCGUGUUCUUCAGUAUCGCAGAGGAGCCGGCGGCGUCGGUUGCCAAGGCUGCAACAAUCUCACGGUUCUCACCCGCAUCAGGACCAGAGAUGUCUGAGCUCGUCUGCAGCCGCUGCUACACCCUGCUCGUCUACAACCGAGGCGCCCCCAACAUUCGCUGCCCUCACUGUAACACGGUGAACUCAACAAGAUCAGCAAACCAGAUCGGCCACCUGUCAUGUGGGCAUUGCCGGACGACUCUGGCGUACCCACCGGGAGCCUCAACCGUCGGAUGCCCGACAUGUCGCUGUGUUAAUCCUGUCAGGAACACCACCACCGGUGGCUCUGCACGGCCUGCACCUUCGGAUGCACGGCCCCAGACAGUUCUUGUGGAGAAUCCUAAGACACUGGAUGAAAAGGGCAAACUGGUGAGCAGCGUCGUCGUUGGUGUCACCUCAUGGAAAAGAUGACCAAGAACUUCUGGGCAUUAUCCCAAGGGUCUAUGGAUUACACCCUUGGCGAAUAUGUAUUAGUACCAAACUAAUAUACUAACCAAGAACUUCUGGGCAUUAUCCCAACGGUGACGGUUGGACAAAAAGGGGUGAAAAUAUCUGAAAUGUAAAUGUGCGCUAGCCUUUGUGCUUUGAGCCACAAGGAAUGGAAAGGAGCAAGGAAUUGUGUCCUGGAAUUUUUUAUUCGUCCUACUUAGCUUUGACACGUCCAGUCGACAUUUCGCUUUGCGAAUUCCGAUUCUUCAGUUGAAAACAUGAGACAGCUACUUUGCGGAAGAAAGAGAGCCAUAGCCACAGAGAAUUCUUUCACUGUCCAGAAAGAGAUACUCCAUGUCUCUAUUUCAAUCAAUCAUCAUGAUAAGAUUAGACCAGCUGAAGAUUCUGCAGUCUAAAUUCUACUAGAGGAUGAAGGAAUUGCAUCGGUCGUUGUCACAGUGCUGAGUUGAAUGUCUUUAUUCAGAAAUAAAAACUGAAAAUUAUCUAUGUUC